GUGCAGCCCCUCGUAGUGAUAUCUCCUCCAAUCGCAGCAGUAUCGGCGGCCUCUGUCUGUGGUUGUGCCGCUGCUUCGUCUUCUCUGCUGAGGCAAAUUGAAAUUAAAAAAUGGUGAUUGGGAAGCGGCCUUAUGGUCACAGGGACAAUAAUGGAGACAAUAAGAGCCAUAAGAGACGGAUGAGCGACAAGGACGAUUGGGUUAGCGAUGAACUGGUUGUUUACAGAAUACUGUGCCCAGAUGAGGUUAUUGGAAGUGUCAUUGGUAAGAGUGGUAAAGUAAUAAAUUCAAUAAGACAGGAAACAAGGGCAAAGAUUAAGGUUGUUGAUCCGUUUCCUGGUGCUAAGGACCGUGUUAUAACAAUAUUCUCCUUUGUCAAGGAUAAGGAGGAAGUGGAAAUUGAUGAUGAGUUCAAUGACAGGGAACCGUUAUGUGCAGCCCAAGAUGCUCUUCUCAAAGUUCAUGCUGCCAUUGCUAAUGCAGUGGCUUCCGCUGGGGACUUAGACAUGAAGCAGAAGGACAAGGAACAAUGCCAAAUCCUUGUCCCUUCAAGCCAAUCCGCAAAUGUUAUUGGUAAAGCUGGGUCAACUAUUAAAAAACUUAGAAGCAAGACAAGGACCAGUAUAAAAAUCAGCGCAAAGGAUGCCACUGAUCCAAUUCAUUCGUGUGCCAUGGAAUUUGACAAUUUCGUUGUGCUAUCUGGUGAACCUGAGGGAGUAAGGUGGGCAUUAUUUGCAAUAUCUUCAAUUAUGUACAAGUUCCCUCCCAGAGAAGAGAUUCCUCUUGAUACUAAUGUAAAUGAAGCCCCUCCUAGCAUAAUUAUCCCAUCAGAUGUCCCUCUGUAUUCAGCAGGAGGACUAUAUCCAAGUGCAGAUCCCAUUCUUCCUCCCAGAUCUAUUCCACCGAUGCUUGGUCCUCCACAUGUUCAGGAUCUUCAUGAUUACUCUGAUACUGGGAAUACGUGGCCUCUUUAUUCAUCUGCUCUUCCUGUGGUUUCUGGUAUUGGUGGUCAACCUCCAUCUGAGGAGUUGGUGGUUAGAGUAUUAUGCCCCUUCGAUAACAUUGGCCGUGUCAUUGGUAAGGGUGGGGGUACCAUUAAAAGCAUAAGGCAAGCUAGUGGUGCUCGUGUGGAAGUUGAUGAUUCCAAACGUGAUUGUGAUGAGUGCUUAAUAACUAUCACGUCAUUUGAGUCUCUGGAUGAUCUGAAAUCAAUGGCUGUUGAAACUGUUUUAUUGCUUCAAGAGAAGAUUAAUGAUGAUGAAGGUGGAACGGUGAUUAUGCGACUACUUGUUCCAUCUAAAGUCAUUGGUUGUAUCAUUGGAAAAAGUGGUUCAAUCAUCCAUGAGAUUCGGAAGACAACUAGAGCUGAUAUCCGCAUUUCUAAGGGUGACAAAAUUAAGUGUGCUGCUGCCAAUGAUGAACUUGUUGAGCUAAGUGGUAAAGUUGGCAGCGUCAGAGAUGCGUUGGUACAGAUUGUGUUAAGGCUUCGUGAUGAUGCUUUGAAAGAGAGAGAUGUAGGUCAUAACCCUGGUGUUGGAACUGAUUCCAUGUACACAUCUGGUUCCAAUUUUUCAAUGCCAUCUGUCUUGCCUUCUGUUUCUCCUGGUGCUCCAAUUGGCUAUGAUCAGAGGGCUGAAAGUGGAAGUGGAUUGGGCGUUCUCUCUUCAAGUAGCCUUUAUGGAUAUGGAUCACUGUCGAUGGGAGACAAUGGCUAUGGAUCCAUCUCCUCAUAUUCAUCCAAGUUGUAUGGAGGGUUGCCCCCUCCAUCUGCUCUUGAGAUGUUGAUCCCUGCAAAUGCAGCUGGUAAAGUGAUUGGAAAAGGAGGGGCUAAUAUUGCCAACAUUAGGAAGAUAUCAGGAGCGUCGAUAGAGAUUUCAGACUCUAGGUCAUCUCGAGGUGAUCGUAUUGCUCUAAUAUCUGGUACAUCCGAACAGAAGCGCACGGCUGAAAACUUGAUCCAGGCAUUUAUAAUGGCUACGUAAGAUGGAGGAUGGCUUUGUGUUUGGAGGUGACUACAUGAAAAAUUUUCCAUUUCUGUUCGUCCUCUGUAGAUCACUAGGUUCAGUUCUGGAGAGGGUUCCUCUUCUAGCCUCCGAAUUCUAGAGUUUUUCCCCAUUAAAUGCUUAUCAGGAUGAUAUGGGAGGAUCUGCAGCAGGUUCAUAUCUAGGGUUCCUAGAGCUUUUGUUUCUUAAUCUAUUCUUCUUCUGUGGAUUCUUAGAACUUUUAGGAUCUAUCCUUUCAUACUUGUAUGUCUCACCUUAUCUUUUAUCAGUUGGAGUUCAUCUUAUUUCCAAUGCUGUCGUACUCGUAUUAUAUGAUGAUUAUUCCAGACGAGUUCCAGGAUGGUCGUUAUUCUCAAUCUUAUUACUAUGCACGAUGUUUUUCUGUCCAUUCUAUCUCCUAUCCAGUUUCUUGGUGGACGAAGGUCUCAAUCGUUGAUCGUUAUUCUGAAUGCAGUUGGUAUUGCUCUUGCCUGUUUUAGAGCUUUAUAAAUAUGACAACACACCUCAAUAGAAGGGAUUGUUUCCAGAACUAAUCUAAAGUUCUCAUCGGAUAAGUCUCUUUUGAUUCCUUGUUCUGUACUUGUCAUGAUUCCGAACAUGUUAGUAGGUUGGUGCUAAAUAGCAUCCUAAAUUCUGUAUAUUUUAUAUUUUUCCUUCUUUGAUGUGCCCUUUAUUAAUAGCCAAUGCUGAAAAAUUCCAUGUUAUAUGCUCUAUAAAGAUCAGCUGGGUCUGGAAUUCCUUGGACAUGUAGGUCUGCUUCAGGGUGUCAGAAGGUUCAUUUCCUAACAAUGCCCACUCUAUUUUAUUGAAGGAUAAUAAUUUUUUUUACCAUUCUCAUUGGAAGAGGGAGGGGAUUUGUUGCUUUUCACUUCUGGAGGAAAGUAUCGUCCAGCGUCUUAGGUGAAGCUAAAGAGAAAUGUUUGGCAAUGAGUCCUAACUAUAUACAGUUGGUCCACAUGGUCUAGACUUGUGCUUUUGCUGCACUUAGUCUGGGUUUUUGUAUUCGAUUGAUUCCUUACAUAUCUCAAAUUAAGGGCCUCAUUCAAUAUGGAAUAUAUUUCAGAGAUUUUUAAAAUGGUUUUUCGUUAUGUUUUUAAAGUUUUAUUUUUGGAGGAUUUUUUCUUUCUUGUCUCUAUCAACCUUUUUAUUAACUCAGGAACAUGAUAAAGUCAAAUUACUUAUAGCUUAAAUUCUAUUUAUUCUAGCAUAUAAACAGUUACUUGGAAACAACUGGAUGUUUUUUUCUUUAGUGAAACAGUUUUCUUUUUUGUAAAAAAUAUGUAUAUAUAAUAAAUGCAACAGUUUUAUAUUGCUACUAUGAAUUAGUUAUCUUAUGGCUAACUGGGGUGAUAGCUAGCCAUAUGAUGACUAAUUAGUAGGAGAGUUCUGAAAAAGGGAAAAUUGUUUAUCAAGGGGUUUUGAAUGAUGGUAUUUUUCUGUCCUUGUUCUCAAUUCCGUCUAUUAAUCACUCUUCUGCUAUUUGCUGUCAAUCGGAGAGUUUUCUUGUGUAACUCAACCCCUUUCUGUUAGGUUCUCUUUUGUCCACUUCAUGAUUCAAUGAUAUUGUUUCUCAUUUCCUAGCCGAUAUAUAAAUGCUAUAUUCAAAGGAGGCUUUGCUGAAGAAUAAGUGGUUAUGCUUACUCCAUUAGUGUAUUUAGGAGAUUCCAAAGUUUUUUCCAGGCCUUAGGUCAUCUUGUACAGAUUCUUUAAUGCCUUUUAAGAAAUUUUUGCCUUGUGGGGAUACUGUGUAGUCAUCCAUAUCAAUAUCAUAAUGCAAAGAAAUUAUAUGAAUACAUCCAAUCAGACCAUAGAACCAUUUUAAGUUUGAAGUAUCUCUCUCGUUUAUCACAUGUAGUUCAAGGCACACAAUAUCUUCUGUUGAAUUGGUUGCAUCGAAUUAUCGCAUUAAUGGUUGUCUAAUGUGUGCCAAACCGGCUACCAUGUUGGCCAUUCCAGUUUGCACUCUAGAGCAGCAAAGUGGUCACAAUCUUGAUAUUAACUUCCAUCUUACUAUGGACUACUCAUACUCACGGUAAACUGUGACCCUCUGGUGAUGUGGUUUCCCUACUCUCUUGUGUAGUUGUUCCCAGUGUAAAAUCAGCUGCUUUUGUACAUUGCUGAAGAUUGGUAAUCACUUUCUGCGCAUAAUCAUUAGGCUGUUUUAAGGAAGCAGUUGAUGAUAUAUUCUUGCACAUAUUUUGCUCCAUAUUAAAAUUAGGAUAUCUGCAAUUUUGACUUAGACUAUAAGGAAGAUGCUUGUGCUAUACUUCUUCAUUCUCACCGAUAUUACAGUCCUUCAUUCUAUUCUCUACCUUGACCAAUCCCUAUCUUAAUAGUGACUUUAGGACCGGGAAGUUUCAUCAACACAAUAUCUUGUUUGUCAUCUUCUGUCCUUCAAUAUAUUUAUAGCUUACUCUUAUAAGUUAAUUGGGUAGCCUCUGCUAUGCCUCUUUCCUUUAGCCUUGAACUCGGUAGCAUGACUUACAGUUGCCUGUGCUAGCUAGUUUACAGUGUGACCGGUGAAUGCCUUUCUGGCUUUUCAUUGACAGAAUUCUUGAGAUGUGGUUCCUCCCUGGCCUGCCUCUUCCCACAGUUUACACUUUUUUUAUCUUCUUUAUAUUAAACCCUGAUUCUUUGUUAGAGAAAUAUUUAGGGUUGCAUUAAUCUUAUUGUAGCUGUCAAGAUAAAAUCUAUCUUAUGCGCUUUCAUAAGUCUGAAUCUGAAGGGGAAUUGGAAUGUACAAUGUUGAAACAUUGGAUGAACAAUUGAUUGUUGUUAGGAGCUCAGAAUUGGAAAAACCUGGAACUGUGGUGAUGAUAGACUUGUGGAUGAUGGAUCAUGUAACGGGAUCCGUUACGAAUCCUAAGUUUUGAACUGACUUCCAAGAUCACCUGUAGCUUUCUUGUUUAAAGUAUGAAGGUAAUGUAGCAUUGUUUUGUUUUGAUUGAAAAUGUUCACUUCUAUUUUGACUGGAAGGAAAGAAAGAGGGAUAAUUCCCUAGAAUCUGUUAUUUUGUAUAUAGAGAGAAUUCUUUAAAUCUGAAAACUAGCUGAAUACUUCUCAGA